UAUUCAAAUAUUAUUGUUUAGUAUUUAUAUUUUUAAUGUUACUUUUAUGUAUAUUACAAAAGAAUUUAGUAAAAUAUGUCUGCUGUGUCGUYUAUGUCCAAUUAAUAAUUUUGCCUGCCGUCUUUCCACAACAGUCAUGCAAAAAAAACAAUUUUCAGGCUCAAACUUGAUGGAUUAUAUGAAUUAUGUUAGACCUUUUGUGCACUACAAUCAUGAGUCCAAUAACAAGUCAUUUAAUUUUAGUUUGCUAUCAUAUAAUAUACUGGCUCAAGAGUUACUAGAAAAAAAUGCUUUUUUAUAUGAUUGGUCUGAUGUCCAUGUAUUGAACUGGGACUAUCGAAGACAACGUUUGUUAACUGAAAUUAAACAAUUUAAUGCAGAUAUAAUUUGUUUUCAAGAAGUUCAAGAAUCUCAUUUAAAUUGGUUCUUUAAGAAGUUAUCAGAUUUAGGUUAUAAUGGUGUCUAUAAAAAACGAACUCGUGCUCAUUGUGACGGCUGUGCUAUCUAUUACAGAAAUGAUAAGUUCUCAUUAAAAGAAAAGGUCACUGUAGAAUACAAUCAACCAGGAGUAAAUGUAUUAGAUCGAGAUAAUGUUGGUAUUGUAUUGAGAUUGUCACCACGAAAUAAUGAAGCAGAAAAUAUAGUUGUUUCGACUACACAUAUCUUGUACAAUAAAAAAAGACAUGAUAUUAAGUUGGCUCAAGUUCAUUUAUUAUUAGCUGAAAUUGAGCGUGUUUCAUAUAAAGGGCUCAAAAAAGGUGGUGAUCAUAAUAUUCCCGAAUACCAUCCAAUAAUAUUGACUGGGGAUUUCAACUUGGAACCUAAUACUGCUGUUUAUGAUUUUUUAAUCAAUGGUGCUCUAUUCUACAGUAAUUUACAAAAACCAACACUUUGGUCUCAAAAUAGUCAGAGCGGAAGAUGUAACAUGGGAAAUGAACUUAUUCCAAAGAAUUUAGGUAUUACUGAAUAUAGUCAGCAUUCAGAUAUUUUAGAGUUAAGAAAAAAAAAUAAUCAUAAGCGACAAAUUAAUGACAGUCUUUAUUCAAAGCUAUAUCAUAGUGAAAGAAAAAAUGAACAACUAUUAUCAUCUCCUUCKUCAGAAUUCAAGUUUGGAACUGGGAGUGUGUAUCAUAACCUUAAGUUUUCUUCCGUUUAUAAUAACAAUAAUAGCUGUUCUACGUAUCAUGACCGAUGGACUAUUGUAGACUACAUAUUUUACACCAAUACAAACUUAAAACUGAAAACUUAUAUGAAGCUUCCAAAUUUUGCUGAAUGCCAGCCAAUAUUAGCGAUGCCAAACAGAGUAUCUCCGUCCGAUCAUCUACCACUGUUUGCUAAAUUUAGUUAUAAAAUAAAAUAAUAUUUUUUGUAUCUGA